AUCGCACACUCCUACACUAAGGGCCCCGCGCACUAUGCAGCCUUUUGGCGCAGUUAGUUAUGGCUGCAGUAAUGGCAGUUAUGGCUGCCUAGUGCGCGGGGGCCCUAACCGUUGCCUUAGCGACCCCGCGCCCGCCGACCACGACCUCAUCCAGCUCGACCCGCACCCGUCUGUAUCGCACACUCCUACACUAAGGGCCCCGCGCACUAUGCAGCCUUUUGGCGCAGUUAGUUAUGGCUGCAGUAAUGGCAGUUAUGGCUGCCUAGUGCGCGGGGGCCCUAACCGUUGCCUUAGCGACCCCGCGCCCGCCGACCACGACCUCAUCCAGCUCGACCCGCACCCGUCUGUAUCGCACACUCCUACACUAAGGGCCCCGCGCACUAUGCAGCCUUUUGGCGCAGUUAGUUAUGGCUGCAGUAAUGGCAGUUAUGGCUGCCUAGUGCGCGGGGGCCCUAACCGUUGCCUUAGCGACCCCGCGCCCGCCGACCACGACCUCAUCCAGCUCGACCCGCACCCGUCUGUAUCGCACACUCCUACACUAAGGGCCCCGCGCACUAUGCAGCCUUUUGGCGCAGUUAGUUAUGGCUGCAGUAAUGGCAGUUAUGGCUGCCUAGUGCGCGGGGGCCCUAACCGUUGCCUUAGCGACCCCGCGCCCGCCGACCACGACCUCAUCCAGCUCGACCCGCACCCGUCUGUAUCGCACACUCCUACACUAAGGGCCCCGCGCACUAUGCAGCCUUUUGGCGCAGUUAGUUAUGGCUGCAGUAAUGGCAGUUAUGGCUGCCUAGUGCGCGGGGGCCCUAACCGUUGCCUUAGCGACCCCGCGCCCGCCGACCACGACCUCAUCCAGCUCGACCCGCACCCGUCUGUAUCGCACACUCCUACACUAAGGGCCCCGCGCACUAUGCAGCCUUUUGGCGCAGUUAGUUAUGGCUGCAGUAAUGGCAGUUAUGGCUGCCUAGUGCGCGGGGGCCCUAACCGUUGCCUUAGCGACCCCGCGCCCGCCGACCACGACCUCAUCCAGCUCGACCCGCACCCGUCUGUAUCGCACACUCCUACACUAAGGGCCCCGCGCACUAUGCAGCCUUUUGGCGCAGUUAGUUAUGGCUGCAGUAAUGGCAGUUAUGGCUGCCUAGUGCGCGGGGGCCCUAACCGUUGCCUUAGCGACCCCGCGCCCGCCGACCACGACCUCAUCCAGCUCGACCCGCACCCGUCUGUAUCGCACACUCCUACACUAAGGGCCCCGCGCACUAUGCAGCCUUUUGGCGCAGUUAGUUAUGGCUGCAGUAAUGGCAGUUAUGGCUGCCUAGUGCGCGGGGGCCCUAACCGUUGCCUUAGCGACCCCGCGCCCGCCGACCACGACCUCAUCCAGCUCGACCCGCACCCGUCUGUAUCGCACACUCCUACACUAAGGGCCCCGCGCACUAUGCAGCCUUUUGGCGCAGUUAGUUAUGGCUGCAGUAAUGGCAGUUAUGGCUGCCUAGUGCGCGGGGGCCCUAACCGUUGCCUUAGCGACCCCGCGCCCGCCGACCACGACCUCAUCCAGCUCGACCCGCACCCGUCUGUAUCGCACACUCCUACACUAAGGGCCCCGCGCACUAUGCAGCCUUUUGGCGCAGUUAGUUAUGGCUGCAGUAAUGGCAGUUAUGGCUGCCUAGUGCGCGGGGGCCCUAACCGUUGCCUUAGCGACCCCGCGCCCGCCGACCACGACCUCAUCCAGCUCGAGCCGCACCCGUCUGUAUCGCACACUCCUACACUAAGGGCCCCGCGCACUAUGCAGCCUUUUGGCGCAGUUAGUUAUGGCUGCAGUAAUGGCAGUUAUGGCUGCCUAGUGCGCGGGGGCCCUAACCGUUGCCUUAGCGACCCCGCGCCCGCCGACCACGACCUCAUCCAGCUCGACCCGCACCCGUCUGUAUCGCACACUCCUACACUAAGGGCCCCGCGCACUAUGCAGCCUUUUGGCGCAGUUAGUUAUGGCUGCAGUAAUGGCAGUUAUGGCUGCCUAGUGCGCGGGGGCCCUAACCGUUGCCUUAGCGACCCCGCGCCCGCCGACCACGACCUCAUCCAGCUCGACCCGCACCCGUCUGUAUCGCACACUCCUACACUAAGGGCCCCGCGCACUAUGCAGCCUUUUGGCGCAGUUAGUUAUGGCUGCAGUAAUGGCAGUUAUGGCUGCCUAGUGCGCGGGGGCCCUAACCGUUGCCUUAGCGACCCCGCGCCCGCCGACCACGACCUCAUCCAGCUCGACCCGCACCCGUCUGUAUCGCACACUCCUACACUAAGGGCCCCGCGCACUAUGCAGCCUUUUGGCGCAGUUAGUUAUGGCUGCAGUAAUGGCAGUUAUGGCUGCCUAGUGCGCGGGGGCCCUAACCGUUGCCUUAGCGACCCCGCGCCCGCCGACCACGACCUCAUCCAGCUCGACCCGCACCCGUCUGUAUCGCACACUCCUACACUAAGGGCCCCGCGCACUAUGCAGCCUUUUGGCGCAGUUAGUUAUGGCUGCAGUAAUGGCAGUUAUGGCUGCCUAGUGCGCGGGGGCCCUAACCGUUGCCUUAGCGACCCCGCGCCCGCCGACCACGACCUCAUCCAGCUCGACCCGCACCCGUCUGUAUCGCACACUCCUACACUAAGGGCCCCGCGCACUAUGCAGCCUUUUGGCGCAGUUAGUUAUGGCUGCAGUAAUGGCAGUUAUGGCUGCCUAGUGCGCGGGGGCCCUAACCGUUGCCUUAGCGACCCCGCGCCCGCCGACCACGACCUCAUCCAGCUCGACCCGCACCCGUCUGUAUCGCACACUCCUACACUAAGGGCCCCGCGCACUAUGCAGCCUUUUGGCGCAGUUAGUUAUGGCUGCAGUAAUGGCAGUUAUGGCUGCCUAGUGCGCGGGGGCCCUAACCGUUGCCUUAGCGACCCCGCGCCCGCCGACCACGACCUCAUCCAGCUCGACCCGCACCCAAACGAAAAUGGCCAAGAACAAGACGACGACAUAAUCUUCGAAGACUUCGCGCGCCUCAGGCUGAAGGGCGCGGACGCUGAUGCUUGAACAUUAUGCUAACAGCGCUCUCUUACUGAACUACAUUCUAUAUUUUGUUAUACCAAACGCACAAUUGUAUCGUACUUUUUGAAUUUUCAUAAACAACAUUGUUCGUUUUGAAAUCCAUCGAAUGACCAUAGACACAAGAAAUAAGUGUUACCAUCCUUAGCGAAAAGUGUUAUAAUCUGUAUUAAAAUAAAAAUGAUGUAUAAAAUCA